GCCUCGGCGAUCAUGAACUCCUGCAUCCUCGUGUCUGCAUAGGUAUUAUUCGCCUCCUUCCGGGCCGCGACGCCCAACCAACAAAGCGCCAACUCUAACGUGGACCGUCAGGUCCUGGUGUCAGCGUGCGCCUGCGCAUUCCCAGUACCAUCGAGAACUCCCAGAAGUGUCUGGGGCGCGGGGUGGGCGUUCGUCAUGGGUAGCGGGCUGCACACGUUCUCCUAUUUUACAGCUCCAGACUACAUUUCCCACAGGCCACUGCGAUCAGGCCUACUUAGUCUGGGACUACAUUUCCCAAAGGCCGCCGGGGCAACGCGGAACUCUGCCUUUCUCCCGCUGCUGUUUGUGAUUGUUGGCGUGGUAGUAAGCUGUGAACUUUGGUAAGGAAAGAGUCAAUGCGCGAUCGCCGGGGAGAUUCUGCAGACUCGGACCAAGCCCACAGGAUAACUCGGUUCUGGGAAGGGAAGCAGUGAGUGCCGGGCGUGCGGGCCGGUGCGGACCCCGGACCUUGCUAGACUGGGAAAGUGGGCCUGAGACGCUCUGAGAGUGGACGAGACGCUCGGGGGCUGACCUGGCUGUUCCUGUCAGAGGAGGGAGGCUAAUUGUGUGGUGCGGACGGGGAGCAUUUGAGAGAGUGCGGAUGUGAGCCCUCGAAGACUGAGAGCGGGACCUCCGUGUGAACCGUGUGUACUUGGCUUCUCAGCUGAGAGGUGUGGCACUGUGACCCAUGUUGCAGCUGUGGAUUUUCUAGAGUUUGAACCUUUCUGGUAGAGGAACCCCAAGGAAGACUGAUUGGUUCUUAAAUUUCUAAAAGCAUGGCUCACUUUCAGGGAUCAGUGACAUUCAGGGAUGUGGCCAUAGCCUUCUCUCAGCAAGAGUGGGAGAGUCUGGAUUCUGCUCAGAGGGACUUGUACAGAGACGUGAUGUUGGAGAACUAUAGUAACGUGGUCUCCCUGGCAGGUCAUUCCCGUUCUAAACCAUAUGUGAUUACCUUACUGGAACAAUGCAAAGAGCCCUGGAUGGUAGUGAGGAAAGACCAGAGAAGACAAUACACAGAUUUUCAGCCGAAGGAUGAGAUAAUCAGCCAUAAAGAAGUUCCCAUCUAUGAAAAAUGUACAUCUUUUGCUCAACAUCAGAGAGUUCUUCAUAGAGAGAAACUAUGUGAAUGUCAGGAAUGUGGGAAGACUUCUUGUCAAGCCUCAAAGCAUGUUCCACAUGACAGAAUACAUUCUAGUGAAAAAACCUGCAAAUGUGAAGAAUGUGGAAAGAACUUUAGUAAUGGACAUCAGCUUACUAUACAUCAGAGAUUGCAUGUUGGUGAGAAAUCCUAUAAAUGUAAGGAAUGUGGGAAAAUUUAUAUUAGAGGCUCAGCCUUUGUUAAACACGGAAGAAUUCAUAGUGGUGAGAAGCCAUAUGCCUGUAAGGAGUAUGGGAAGACCUUUAGCAGUAGCCAUCAAUUUACUGAACAGCAGAGUCCGCAUACUGGUAAGAAACCAUAUGAAUGUCUAGAGUGUGGAAAAGCUUUUUAUAGUAGCUCAUACCUUGUUCAACAUCAAAGAAUCCAUAAUGGUGAGAAACCUUAUGAAUGUAAGGAAUGUGGAAAAGCUUUUAUAGUGUAUGGAAAACUCAUUCGGCAUCAGAGUAUUCACACUGGUGAAAAACCUUUUGUAUGUGAAGAAUGUGGAAAGGCCUUUAGUACUAGCUCCCCCCUUGUUAAACAUCAGAGAAUUCAUACUGGCGAGAAACCCUAUAAGUGUAAGGAAUGUGGCAAAGCCUUUACUGCGUAUGGGCAGCUUGCUCGACAUCAGAGUAUUCAUACUGGCGAGAAGCCCUUUGAAUGUAAGGAAUGUGGAAAGGCCUUUAGACUUAAUUCAUUUCUUAACGCACAUCGGAGAAUUCAUGCAGGGUUUAAGUCCCAUGAGUGCAAGGAAUGUGGGAAGGCCUUUAGUCGUGCCUCAUACCUUGUUCAGCAUGAAAGGGUUCAUACAGGUGAGAGACCCUAUGAGUGUAAGGAGUGCAGCAAAGCUUUCAGCACUGGCUCCCACCUUGUCCAGCAUCAGAGGAUUCAUACUGGUGAGAAGCCCUAUGAAUGUCAGGUAUGUGGCAAGGCAUUUAUUAGCCGCCAUCAACUUACUGUACAUCAGAGGGUUCACAGUGGUGAGAAACCCUAUGAAUGCAAGGAGUGUGGAAAGGCCUUUAGAGUGCAUGUACAUCUUACACAACAUCAGAAGAUUCAUAUUGAUGUGAAACCCUAUGAAUGUAAGGAAUGUGGAAAAACUUUCAGUCGGGCCUCAUACCUCGUACAACAUGGGAGAAUUCAUACUGGUGAGAAGCCCUAUGAGUGUAAGGAAUGUGGAAAGGCCUUUAGUUCUGGCUCUUACCUCAUUCAACAUCAAAGGAUUCAUACUGGUGAGAAACCUUAUGAAUGUAAGGAAUGUGGAAAAGCUUUUAUAGUGUAUGGAAAACUCAUUCGGCAUCAGAGUAUUCAUUCUGGUGAAAAACCUUUUGUAUGUGAAGAAUGUGGAAAGGCCUUUAGUACCUUCUCAUACCUCGUUCAACAUCAGCGAAUUCAUACUGGCGAAAAGCCCUAUGAAUGUAAAGAAUGUGGAAAGGCCUUUAGUUCUAGCUCCCCCCUUGUUCAACAUCAGAGAAUUCAUACUGGCGAGAAACCCUAUAAGUGUAAGGAAUGUGGCAAAGCCUUUACUGCGUAUGGGCAGCUUGCUCGACAUCAGAGUAUUCAUACUGGCGAGAAGCCCUUUGAAUGUAAGGAAUGUGGAAAGGCCUUUAGACUUAACUCAUUUCUUAAUGCACAUCGGAGAAUUCAUGCAGGGGUUAAGCCCCAUGAGUGCAAGGAAUGUGGGAAGGCCUUUAGUUGUGCCUCAUACCUUGUUCAGCAUGAAAGGGUUCAUACAGGUGAGAGACCCUAUGAGUGUAAGGAGUGCAGCAAGGCCUUCAGCACUGGCUCCUACCUUGUCCAGCAUCAGAGGAUUCAUACUGGUGAGAAGCCCUAUGAAUGUCAGGUAUGUGGCAAGGCAUUUAUUAGCCGCCAUCAACUUACUGUACAUCAGAGGGUUCACAGUGGUGAGAAACCCUAUGAAACCCUAUGAAUGUAAGGAAUGUGGAAAAACUUUCAGUCGGGCCUCAUACCUCGUACAACAUGGGAGAAUUCAUACUGGUGAGAAGCCCUGUGAGUGUAAGGAAUGUGGGAAGACCUUCAGACUUAAUUCAUUCCUUACUGAACAUCAGAGGAUAC